UUGCUUUGGGCUUUCUCUCUUUGAGAAAGCUAAGCGAAAAAAAUCCUCAACUAUUUUAAGGAUCCAUUUACCAAGUUGCCACCUUUGUCUUCUUGUGAUGGGCGAUCAUCUAGCUCUACUAGUGGACCGCUUGCUCACUGAAUCUACACUUGAGGCCACCAUCGAGAACGGAAAGCGGGCGCAAAAUCCACCCGACCCGGUAUACUCAGUGGUCUCUAUUGAAGAAUUUAGUGAGAAGAGGAAGGAUGAGAGGUUGGCGGAGUGCAGAAUUUGUCAAGAGGAAGAUGAAGCAUCCAACAUGGAGAUUCCUUGUUCUUGUUGUGGGAGUUUGAAGUAUGCUCACCGAAAAUGUGUCCAAAGAUGGUGCAAUGAAAAAGGCGACACAACAUGCGAGAUAUGUCUUCAGCAAUUCAAACCAGAUUAUACUUCUCCUCCUCAGUUGUUUCACUAUGGCGGCAUUCCAAUGAAUUUCAGGGGAAGGUGGGAGGUAUCAAGUAGGGAUCUCCAUGAUUCACAGAUCAUAACAAUGGUUCCCUCUGACAGAGGUUUCAUGGACCCUGAUUACAAUUGCUAUCCUUCUCGAAGCACAUUAUACUACCGGUCAGUGGCUAUAAUUUUCAUGACUCUCUUCAUUCUUCGGCAUUUUCUUCCCCUCAUGGUUGGUGAGGUUGAGGACGAAUUUACGGCACCCUUCUCUCUCCUUGUGUUAAGAGUUGGGGGAAUACUAAUACCCAUUGUAGUCUUGGCAAGAGUUCUAUGCAUAUUUCAACGACGACGCCAACUGCACGGGGCACGCAAUGUAGCUGUACCUGAUGAAGAGAGCUUGAGCUCUGUCUCACUACCUGAUGAAGAGAGCUUGAGCUCUGUCUCAAUUUAUCAAUCUCAACCUCAUGUUGUUCGCGUUUGCUAGUGAGUUGAGCUUGGUUGGGCAUCGGUUGAAUCUUUAUGGCCACCAAAUAUUUAUCGGUGGUGAUCAGAGAAGGAAGAAGAGAAGAUGCUGUAGUAUAGAGGAAUGUAUUGAUGGACAUAUAUAGGUAGAUUCAAGUCAAUGAUGCCACUCUCUCUUCAAAGGAUAUACAGAGAUGAAGUGGUUAUGUAUCAAUAUUUGUUUCUUAUAACAUGUGAAUAUUAGUAAGAUGAAGUGGGUUGGUGGUUGUGUAUCUUAUAAUUCCAAAGGAUUAUUGCAUCUCAACAGACCUAAGAUCUC